UUAGAAAGAAAAAAAAAAACACACACACACACACACAGACUUGAUAAUCCUUAUUCUGUAGGGGGGAGAACUCACAUGGCAAACUGUAAUAACCCCACUAAUAUGCAGUCCCAGUGCCUUUUGACAUAAAUUUAGUCCUUGCAAAGUUUUGUUCCUAUUUCCUGAGGGAUUUAAAAGCAACUAGGAAACUUGAGAAGAAAAAAAAUGCAUAUUCUGUUUUUAUUUCACGCCCUGGUCAGGUGUUAUGAAGUUGUAGUGGGCGAUUAUGGACAUGAAAUAUUAUGAAAAACAGCAUGCCAUAAUGAGAAUGUCAUUGAUACAGUCCGAAUUAUGUCUUAUUAUGGUCAUUAUUUGAAAUAUUGCAACUAGAUUUUUGUUGCAAUACCAACAUAAUCAAUUUGUUUAUGUCUGAUCAUAAGUGUCAUAUAAUUAUCAUAGGUUAUGUUUGGGUGGGUAUUCUUAUAUAUAUAUACUAUCAGAACAUCAUAUAUUUGUUGAGUGUGUCUUAUACCCUUAUUUUAUUAAUCUACACUUAUUGAAUUUUGAGGGUGACAACAAGUCUUGAAAUGGUAGAUGGAGAGGCGAAAUAAUAUGGCAACAAAUGAAUGGUUUUUGUGGGAACAAAGAAGGCGUUUGGCUGCAACUCAAGUUAUUUGUUUGGUUGUGUAUUGGCUUUUACGGAAAAAGUUUCAAAGGAGAAACUAUGUUAAUCGACUCACUGGACAAUCAACUUUUGAAAGAGAAAUGGUACGAAAUGAACUUAUGAACCAACUUAGGACAAAUCAAAGAUGUCGUGAUAUAACUCAAAUGGGACCAGAGGCUUUCCAAAAUUUAUGUGAGAUUCUUAAAAGGGAUGCUGGUCUUAAGGCAACAAAAAAUGCAUCAGUUGAAGAACAAGUUGCAAAAUUUCUUCACAUAUUAUCACACAAUGUGAGGAAUCGCACGAUUCAGUUUUUUUUUCGUCGCUCCGGUGAAACUACAAGUCGCCAUUUCCUUAGUGUGUUAAGGUCAAUAAUCUCGUUAGAAGAAAAAUUUCUCCGACAGCCUAAUGGUUUACAAAUCCCUCCGGAGAUACUUAGCAAUAGUAGGUUCUAUCCAUACUUCAAGAAUUGUGUGGGUGCGAUUGAUGGAACACAUGUUCGUGUGAGAGUACCUACUGAAGACGCUCCAAGAUAUCGUGGUCGAAAGAAUUUUCCAACCACAAAUGUGUUAGCUGCUUGUUCAUUUGACUUGAGAUUCACAUAUGUCUUGCCUGGAUGGGAAGGGACUGCAUCAGACUCGAGAGUAAUUAAGAGUGCAUUUGAAAGAAAGGAUAAGUUGAGAAUCCCUAAAGGUAAAUAUUAUCUUGUUGAUGGUGGAUAUAUGCUACGAGGUGGACUUAUCACGCCUUAUAGAGGUGUUCGAUAUCACUUGAAAGAAUUUGCUUCACAUCGACCUGAAAAUCCUCGGGAAUUGUUUAACUUACGACAUGCGUCGUUACGUAAUGCGAUCGAGAGAGCAUUUGGUGUAUUAAAGAAACGAUUUCCAAUUAUAGGAAGCACAACUGAGCCCACUUACUCAAUCGAAACACAAACAGAGAUUAUCCUUGCAUGUUGCAUUCUGCAUAAUUAUUUAAUGGGCGUUGAUCCUGAUGAAAGACAUAUUGAUGAAGUAGAUCGGGAACUCUUAAACCAAGUUGAAGUUCAAGUUGAAGAUGAAGAUGAAGAUGAAGAUGUAGAUGAUGAUCGAACUCCAAGGGAUAUUGUUGAAGGAGAACAUAUAAGGGACAUCAUUGCAAUGAACAUGUGGAAUGACUAUGUAGCAAAUCAAAUGUGACUAAUGUUAUGUGUGUUAUAAGUCUAAAUCUUUUGCUUGUUUGAUAAAUGCUUAAAACCCUAGUUUUAUUUAUUUUCUCUUAUGACAAGUACUUGGUCUUUACUAAGACUUUAUUGGUAGCUCAAGUUUGAUUUGAUGAUAUAUUGUUAAAGAAGAAAAAGCAUAGUCUUUGAUUCUUAUAUUACUCAUGUUAAUUUGUUUGUCAUGAUGUUAUUAUUAUUAUUAUUAUUAUUUUUGUUGGUCACACUCUAUUUUGAAAUUUUACAUUAGAUUCUACUCAUUUGCUAAUUUCUUAUGUAGAUAAGAAAAUGAGUAACACAACAAACAAAAAUGAAGGGAACAAGAAAGAUAGGUUUGUUUGGACGCAACAAAUGGAAGAUGCAUUCAUUGAUGUGCUGUAUUACCAACAUAUUAAAGGGAAUAGGGUUGAUGGAACUUUUACUAGUAAAGCAUAUGAUGAAAUGGUUAAAGAAUUGUGUGCAAAACUUGAAAUGGAUUUUACCAAAGAUAGGAUUAAGAAUCGAUUGAAGACUAUAAAGACUCAUUUCAAUGAGUGGUAUGACCUGUUUAAGAAUGGAUUGAGCGGAUUUGCUUGGAGUCGUGAGACAAAGAUGUGGAGUGCGGAGCCAGAGGUUUGGAAUUCAAUGAUUGAGGUACUAUUUUUUUUUUUUAUUAAUUUAGAGUUAUUUUUACUAUUAAAGUAUGUUUAAGGCCUAAUUCAUAUGGAAACUCUUGAAAUGUUUUUUCUAUGUUGUUCUAGUGUCGUUGUUUUACCCAAAGAAUGUUUUACACUAUGAAAUGUUUAGCAUAUAUAUAUAUAUUUUUAUAUGCUUGUAAUAGGCAAAACCGCAAGCGGAGAAAUGGAGAACUACACCUAUUAACAACUAUGAUAAGUUGCUAGAGUUGUUUGCAAAAGAUAGAGCGACGGGUGAUGAGGCUGCAACUGCUAAGGAGAAACGUUUUCAAUGGGCUAGCUCAACCAAUGACGAGUUAAUGGGAAGUAUUGAUGGUAUUGAUCAGCUAGUAGCAGAAAAUGAGGUGACUUUGGAAAAUGUUGAGCAUGUGGCUGAUGAGAUUGAAAGGACAAUGUCCCCUAAGGCAACUUCUAUUGCAUCUUCAAGUGCAAAAGGAAAGAGGAAACGGUCUUCACGUGGUGUCUCUAAUGAUACCCAAGACAUAGCAAAUGCAAUUUCCUCUGUUGCAGAAUCUAUUAAAGAGAGAAAUGCUCUUUAUGAAAAAUAUAAUCGUAAGGUGCAUUCGGAGGAGGAAAUCUAUAAUGAGCUAGAAUCAAUUGGACUUGAGCCAUUUUUAAUUGAUGAUGCUUACUUUUAUCUCGCUAACCAUCCUGAUCAAACGAGGAUAUUCCUUGGUGUUCCAGUUGCAAAGCGUAAGAAUAUUUUGGAGAAAAUGAUGUAUGGUUCAACAUGAUGGUGAUUGAUGAUGGGUAGUCUUUCUUUUUGUUGGGUAUAGGUUCCUUUUUUGAGAAACACUUCUGGGAAUGCAAUGAAUUCCUUUUUUGUUGGUGAAACUUUGUGUUGCUAUAUUACGGAAAAAGUAUGUAUUGGAAACCUUUUACAAUGAUGUAAAUCUAGGAACUUGACUAUGAUGUAAUUAUUAUUAUCUACUCUUUUGGUUAUGGAAUUUUAUAAUGAUUAUAUUUC